AUGACCAACUUUGGUGGAGGGAAAGUUCCCACUGCCGAAUAUCAUUCUUCCAUCUUGGAUGAUUGGACUCCCACCGUUUGCACUAAUAUCAUAAGUAAAUCGUUGGAAACUUCGUCUAGUUGUUCCAAAUAUGAACGUAAACCAGGUCAUCCAUCACUUUCAUAUUGUGAUGAAACAAUUGUGGAGAUGGCGAUAUUUGAAUUGUAUAAUUUCGAAAUGCUGGGGACGCUGAAAAUAUUCAUGAGAAAGUGUGAUAUGCAAGUGUUGAACAUGUCAAGUAGAUCAGAAUGA